AUGGCAGCGCCUGUUGUCUGGAUCAACGCAUUCCCAGGAACGGGAAAAUUGACCGCCGCCAGAGAACUCAUUCGUCUCGAUCAGUCAAGCAUUCUUAUCGACAACCAUCAGCUGAUAGACCCGGUGGCGGCACGGUUCUCUCGAGACCAUCCUCAGUACCAAAUAGAGCGAAGGCGCGAGCGCGAACGUGCAUUUGACAAAUAUGUACUUGAACCAACUCUGCUAUCAAAAACAAUCGUCUUCACAGAUUGCCAAUCAGACGAUGAACUAGGCCAAGCUACGGCACAAGAGUAUCUACAAGCCGCUCGGAAAGCUAAGCGACCAUUUAUUACCAUCUAUCUAUCUUGCGAGAUGGAGGUCAACAUUAAAAGGGCUACUAGUUCCGAACGAGUUCAGGGAACAACGACAAAGCUGACUGACGCCGUUAUGUUAAGAGACGCUCUAUCGAGAUACAAAAUGUUUCGAUUCGAAAACAGAGACAUAGUCAACGGACACGGCCUGGGAUUUUACUCCGUCAAGACCCCAGUUAUCCCCGAAUUUCGGGAUCCACUUUCAACGUUCAUAGUUCCUAUGCCUCCGUGUAUUGCCAGAUUAGGAUAUCCCCAGCAUAAUGUCAUUCCAUUUAUGGCAUUCGCAUUCCAGACCCAUGGGCCAAAAGGCGAAUUGUGGCUCGCUCCAGCAUCAAACGAACCGUCAAUACACAACCCAUACGUGACAUCGGGACCCACAUUGAACGUUUCUUUGAACCAAGCCAUCCGCGUCCAGUCACCAGCCGGCUUUAACUCGCAUUGGGUUGGACACUGGAUCACAACCACCAACAAUCAUCAUUUUGUUUUGAUUACAUUUGCAAAUGUCAUCAAUGGAGGCCCUGACAAUUCAACAGAUGGAUGCUCAGCCAAUGGCUGCCUAAUUUACUCAUUGGAAUCUGGUGGCUCAAGCUCGUCAUUCAUCGCCGGAAAGCUUACCACCUUUGGACAAGACAAACUCAGAAUCCAAUUUGGCGAUCAGUACGAGCUGCACAGCUUAACAAAUGAUAAUAUAUCUGCCAUCAACGUCAUCGCAAACUAUACCGAGAGCAACUUUAGCCUCAACACGACAUUUCAGCCUCGCGGUUCUCUGUUGUUCAAUGGUGGAAGUGGGAGCCUCUAUUGGGGCUCAGUUUUCAACCAGCAAUGGUCCAGCUCAGCCGCCUAUACCACAGGAACAUUUGCCAUCAAUGGAACAAGGCACACCAUCGAUCCCAAGCGCUCAACGACGUGGUACGAUCGUCAAUGGGGCGAGAAGAACCCAACGAAAGGGUGGCACUGGUUCCCAAUCCAGCUCGAAAACGGGGUUCGCAUCUCAACGUGGGUAAUCCCCACAGAACAAGGCGACGCCAUCAAGGCCUUCGCCACGGCCUUGUAUCCAAAUGGAGAACAGGAAGUGAUUAGCGUGAACCCUGAUAUCAAGCCGAAAGAUGCGUGGGUAUCGCCAGCUACGAACCGCACCUGGUAUGGAUCUUUUGAAAUCUUAUUUUUAGAUGAUUACAAUAGCGUAAUCACUGCUGUCGCUCCAGACGUCACCAGUCGGAAAUUUGGGGAAGCUAGCUUUGGACCAUCGUUUGCAUUUUGCGAUUCUUUCACGAUCUAUAAUGGAACCUGGAAGGGACAGAGCGUUCGCGGCUGGGGAAUUGUCGAGCAGUGGCCGGCGUCUUGA